AGUUAGCGCGACUGGGCCAAACAGUUUGCCUUGCAAUUGUCAAGCAGUGCGGUUCGUCUAGCUUGCGGUCGCCGAGCCAUGCAAUGCCAACACCACAGACCUGCUAUCUGACCGUGUAAAGAACUAGAGUAGUUUCGGCCUCGGCGUUGCCGCGCUUCUGACUGUUGCGUGCCGACCGCAGUGCGUCGGCACCCCAACUCGGCAACCCGACGCCACGCGGGGGCGCCCGGCAGGGAGGCGGCAAGCGGGCUCGAUGCGGCGGGCGGACGGAGUAGCACCUUGCAGCUCAAGUUAUACCAUGGCGCCCUUUAGGACCACGCGACAAAUCUGCGUUGCUGAACGCGCAGCCAGUGGCGCCGCCGCUUGCGCUCCCCAUCUGGCCGCAGCCAGGGGGCCGCUGCGACGGCCAUCGCUCGCUUCACACCCGCCCAGUUGCGCCACGUCACCUGGCAACAGCACCAGUAGCAUCAGCAGCAGCAGCCGUGGUCAAGCGCCACGUAGCUCUACAGAAUGGUCAGAAGGAGCAGCAGCGCCCGGAAGGAGGGCUGGCGCCACCCCAGCAGUCCGCAUCCGGCAGGCAACGCCGGACGACUCGGUCGCCUUAGCGGCACUCGACGCCAGCUGUGCGGCUGACGGCUCGUCCGGGUGGAGCGAAGGCAUCUACAGGACGGACCUGCAGCCCGGCAGCCCCAACCUCAUUCUUUUGGCGGAGGCGGACGAUGCUACUGGCAGUAGCGACAGAAGCAGUAGCUACAGCAGCAGUGGCAACGACAGUAGCAGUGGCAGUAGCGGACGAUUGCUGGCGCUGGCCGCAGGCAGCCAGGCGGGCGGCGAGGUGUCGCUCACAAACGUAGCGGUGGCGGCGGCGUGCCGGGGGGCUGGGCUGGGCCGGCGGAUAACGGUGGAGCUGCUGCGGCGGCUGGGGUCGGGGCAAGGUCCCACCUUCCUGGAGGUGCGGGUGGACAACGCGGCGGCGCAGGCGCUAUACGCCAGGCUGGGCUUCGAGGUGGCGGGCCGCCGCAAGCGCUACAACCCAGACGGCAGUGACUCGUUUGUGAUGAUUCGUCAACCGGGGCCGCUGAGUUGAGCGGGGCUAAGCUGGGGAGCAGGCGCGGGGAAGCCGGGAAGGGGCGGGUGUGUGGCGUGGAAAAAGUACCGAUAGAGGAGGUUGAGCUAAGCGGCGACGGAUUCGCAGUAGUGUGGUACAUGCUGAUGUGCGGUUGUCUAAGUGUCUGGAGAAGUCGUGAGCGUCACAUUUCGCACGAAGCAAUGGAGCGCCCACCAUCUCAGGUGGCGCCCACUCCGGACGCGCACCAGCACCGCUCAAGUUUAUUCGUAUGCAGAACUGUACAUGUGAUAGGCGUCGUGAGAACGGAGGGGGAUUUGCGUGAAUCUGGGCCGGAGGGUUUGGGGCUGGGGCACUGGGGAUUGGCACGCGUCGGGCCCCCGCGGUAACCCCGAAUCCGGCACGCAAAAUUCCUCAAGCCUAAAGCUUUGUAAUUUGGACACUUA